CGGUGUCGAGCUUCACUUGCUACGUCUGUCUGCCCGAAGUGAAGGGCCCCAAAGCAAGUCGCGACCUCGCGAUGUUGUGGCGCGCCAACAUCACGCGCACGUGGCCGGUCAUCAUGGAGCCGCAGAUGGGCGAGUGCAGCGAGCUGGCCAACACGGCCAAAUUCCUCCUGCAGUGUCCCACUGAUGACGAGUACUCGGUCUGCACCAAGAUCUCUAACGACUACUGGUUCGGCCUGACGUGCGGACGUGCGACGCAGGACCACGGCAACGGGGAGUACGACAUGGGCAACUACACCCUCUUCAACUGCCCCUCCUCCCUGUGUGUCAGCCCCGCCGCAGCCCCAGCGCCGUCAGCCGUCCCUGUGAUGGCCUGCAUCCUCUGGGGAGUCAUCAAGUUCACUGCUUUCUUCUAAGAUCCUCAUUAAAUACAUAGCAAUUAAUCUCGCGCUAGUCAAGGGCUACAGAGACUUGAUGACGGUCUAGUUGAAGACGGCAGCGACUCUGUCAUUAAUAAGUAAAUGAACAACAAAGUUUAUAGUGAUCAACCUCAUUAAAUACAGUGACCUCAACGAAUUAAUCUCGCGAUAGUCAAGGACUACAGAGACUUGAUGACGGUCUAUUAGUUGAGGGCGGCAGAGACUCUGUCAUUAAUAAGUAAAUGAACAACAAAGUUUACAGUGAUCAAAAUCUUAAAUUUCGUCACAACUAUAGUUUGGAGCAUCGCUUUGUGUCAUAAAUAUUGAAAGUUCUCUUAUCAUUUAGAAUGCUUAGCACUUCAGAACAGGCCAUCAGUAAUAAAAGUCUGUAAUACAAGCCAGCACUUUUAGCAAUAAUCAUAUGUACAAAAGAUAAAGAUUCCUUGAUUGAAUUCGAAUCAAAUAUUUUCAUUUUUACAACCUGAAACAGCAACUGUUGGAUUUGAAGUAGAUGUGUUUUUAUGAACUGAUAUAACGAUUGUACAUUGAUUGUAAAAUUGAUCAAUGUACAUUGAUCUCAACAAAUGAAAAUAUAAAUAAAUGGAAGUGUCCUUAACAGAUUUUGUCAGCGUAAAGCUCGUAUUUUUGUUAGAGACAAAUGCCUCUGUGUUUAAAAUUGAACGUAAUCAAUCUAGCUCUAGAAUGUAUUGAUGUUGAAUAUGAUAUUUCAAUAUCAACAACACUGAAAAUUGUCGCAUAGAAUCAUCAAGCCAUUAUUAAGUUUGAGACAUUGCAACAUUCGCUUCAAGUCUCUACGGUCAAUGAACCUUGUUAUUGGAGGCGUUGGUCAAUGAAUCUUGUUAGUGGCUGAGGUUGAGCUUUGAAACAAGUACAGCUUUGCUGGUGAAAAUGGUUCGAGCCUCGAUAUUAGUUUUCAAAUAGUUCAGUUCCAUCAAAUCUUUUGAUUUAAAACUAAAGCAAAUCCUGUACAGGCCUAGGAGCGACUUCAUUAUCUGAAUGAAGAUACGCCCUCAUGUGUCGCGCAUUUCAUUAUCAAGCAUCAAAAAAA